AUGGAAGUGAUAUUCACGAUCAAUGGGAAGCUUUACAAAGUGAGUCCCCACAACGUUCCCGUGGAUACUUCUCUCGGAACCUUCAUACGCAAACAUGCUCAACUUACCGGGACCAAGCUGGUAUGUCGAGAGGGCGGAUGUGGAGCCUGUAUCGUCAACGUGAGCGGCCAACAUCCGGUGUCCCGAGAACAGCUGAGCUGGGCCGUAAAUUCGUGUCUCUUCCCGGUAUUCUCCUGCCAUGGGUUGGACAUUCUGACGGUCGAGGGAAUCGGAAACAAAUCGAAAGGCUUUCACGAGGUUCAACGUCGUCUAGCACAUCUCAACGGCACACAAUGUGGAUUCUGUUCUCCCGGAAUGGUGAUGAACAUGUACAGUUUGCUGGAAGCAAACCAGGGCAAGGUCUCGAUGGACCAGGUUGAAAAUGCCUUCGGGGGAAACCUGUGUCGAUGCACCGGUUAUCGGCCGAUCCUGGAUGCCUUCAAGUCACUGGCGGCUGAUGCCAGCCAGGAGCUUUUGGAUAAAGUUCAGGACAUUGAAGAUCUACCGAAAAUUUGUGACAAAACGGGAAAACCCUGUACCGGAGGCUGCGGAAAAAUCGCAACUAGUGUGAUCCACUUAAAGUUCGAAGAUGGACGCGAGUGGCACAAAGUCUAUAACGUCCAAGAAGUUUUUGAUAUUUUGAACAACAUUGGAGACAGGCAUUACAUGUUGGUUGCCGGCAAUACUGCUCAUGGUAUUUACAGAAGGUCGGAUAACUUGGAGGUCUUCAUCGAUAUAAGCGCGGUAGAGCAGCUCAGGAAACACACAAUAGGUAACGAGCUUAAGGUUGGAGGCAACACAACCAUAGCGGAGUUUAUGAAGAUACUUCAGACGGCAGCUACCAAGAAUAUUAACUUCAAAUACUGUGAGGUGUUGGCCGAACAUAUCGAAAUGGUUGCGAAUGUCCCUAUCAGAAAUACGGCCACAAUUUCUGGAAACCUCGCAUUGAAAAAUCAAUAUAACGAAUUCACGUCAGACCUUUUUCUCAUCUUGGAAGCAGUUGGAGCUAAGUUGACCAUAGCUCAAGGUACCAACAGCCGCGUUUCAGUUCCAAUAGAGGACAUCAGUACUUUGGAUAUGAAGAAAAAGAUCAUUCUGGAAGUUACUCUAUUUCCAUUGGAACCGGACACUCAUGAGUUUAAAUCCUUCAAGAUCAUGUCCCGUGCUCAAAGUGUAAAAUCCUACGUGAAUGCUGCUUUCAUGUUUCAAUUCAAUAAGGGAAAAACUACGAUUCAAUCUACCUCAAUUUGUUACGGUGGAAUCAAUCCGAAGUUCACUCAUGCAAGAGUUACCGAACGAUAUUUAUGUGGCAAGGACAUCUUCAACGAUGACGUUCUUCAAAAUGCAUUGAGCGUCUUACAAGCUGAAGUUCACCCGGAAGAAGGUGAUUUGCUGCCGUCGAUUGAGUAUCGCCAACACUUGGUGGGUGCCCUUCUCUACAGGGCGGUUCUAAGUAUAGCGAGUCGACACAAAAUUACUCUCAAUGCUAAACAUGCUUCUGGAGCUAUCAGCAUUUCUCGUCCACUUUCCACUAGCAAGCAAGAGUUCCAAACUAUUAAAGAAAAUUGGCCCGUCACCAAAAACAUUCCGAAGAUUGAGGCUCUAUCACAGACCGCCGGAGAGGCUAAGUACAUUGAAGAUCUACCCAACCUACCCAACGAGUUGUAUGGAGCAUUUGUGAGCGCGACUAAAGCCAGAUCAAUCAUCGUAGACAUAGAUCCAUCGAAAGCUUUACAACUUCCGGGAGUUCACGCAUUCUACGGAGCUAAGGACAUUCCCGGAAAAAAUGAUUUUAUGCCAACGGAGUUAGACAAUCCCGAAACCGAAGAAAUCUUCUGCAGUGGGUUUGUCUUGUACCAUGGCCAACCGAUUGGCGUUAUUGUAGCCGAUACAUUUGAUUUGGCCCAAAAAGCAUCGAAACUGGUUCGAAUUACUUAUAGCGAAUCAGAUGGAAAACCUAUACUGCCAACCUUGAAAUCUGUACUGGCUGCUAAUGCCACUGAUCGAAUAGUUGAUCUACCGUAUGAUCAGCUAGGGGACGAAUACGGUAAAGUUGAGGAACAGCCAUUCAAAAAGAUUCAAGGUCGCUUUGAGCUUCCGCUGCAGUUUCAUUUUUCCAUGGAGUGUCAAACCUGUAUUUGUGUUCCGAAAGAGGAUGGUAUGGACGUUUACAGUUCAACGCAGUGGGUUGACUUCUGCCAGGUAGCCAUAGCUCAGGCUCUAAACAUCCCUGAAAAUAGCAUGAACUUCUACGUGCGACGCUUGGGAGGAGGUUUCGGAUCAAAGAUUUCUCGAUCAUCCCAAAUUGCUUGUGCUUGCGCUAUUGCAGCUCACUUCAGCCAACGUCCGGUACGCCUCAUUCUUUCCCUAGAAUCAAACAUGGAGGCCAUCGGUAAGCGAGAUGCCUGUACCAGCAACUACGAGAUUGAAGUAGAUCAAAAUGGAAAAGUGAUAAAGCUUCUGAACAACUUUGUGGAAGACUACGGAUGCAGUUUGAACGAACCGGUUGCCGGGAUUGUUACUAUGUUCUACAAAAAUUGCUACGACGCAAGCCGAUGGAAACUGGUUGGCAAAGCGGCUGUGACCGAUUCUGCUAGUAACACGUUCUGUCGCGCACCCGGAACAAACGAAGCUAUCAGUAUGGCCGAAAACUUAAUGGAACAUAUUGCCCAUGCACUGGGGAAAGAUCCACUUGAAGUCCGAUUGCAAAAUAUGAGUCCCGACUGCAAGAUGCGAACAUUGCUACCCGAAUUUGUCAAAGACAUCGAAUAUGAACAACGUAGAACGGCGGUAAAUCAAUUCAACGUGGAAAACCGUUGGAAAAAACGUGGCAUUGCAAUUGCUACCAUGCAGUAUCCACAGGUGUUUUUCGGACAAAUGCACGCCCAGGUUUCCAUUUAUCACUACGACGGAACCGUUUCGAUUUCCACCGGCGCCAUCGAUAUGGGUCAAGGUGCAUACACCAAGAUAGCACAAGUUGCUGCAAAAGCACUAGGAAUUCCACUUGAAAUGGUCAGCAUUAAAGCGAUGAAUAACCUAUCAUCACCGAACGAUACCGUUUCCGGAGGAAGCAUGACCAGCGAAGCUGGAGCUUUUGCCGCACUGAAGGCAUGCGAAAUUUUGAUGGAGAGGAUUCAGCCUAUUAGGGAACAAUUCCCCAAAGAGUCUUGGCAACAAAUCACACAGCGUUGCUAUAAGAAAAACAUCGAUCUCUCCGCUACAUAUUUCUUCAAGUCAGGCGAUCUAAACGGUUAUGAUGUUUGGGGUCUUUGUUGCUCCGAGCUGGAGAUCGACGUUCUCACCGGUAAUGUACAGAUUCGAAGAGUAGAUAUCUUGGAAGACACCGGUGAAAGCAUCAGUCCGGGAAUCGAUAUCGGACAAAUCGAAGGAUCAUUUAUUAUGGGAAUGGGAAUGUACUUCACCGAAAAUCUAAUCUUCAAAUCAGAAAAUGGGCAGCUGCUCACAAACAGAACCUGGAACUACCAUCUUCCGGGUGCCAAGGAUAUUCCGGUUGAUUUCAGAGUUAAAUUGAUACACAAUACAUACAACGAGAUGAGUGUUUUGCGCUCGAAAACAACCGGAGAACCGGCACUGAAUAUGACAGUGGUUCUUUUGUUUGCCCUUCGACAUGCGCUCGAUUCAGCGAGAAAAGAUGCAGGACUGGCCAACGAAUGGUUCACUUUGGCGACACCUGCAACUCCCGAAGAGAUUUGUCUAGCCGCUGGAAGCAAUACGAAACAUUUUAAGCUCCGUUAAAAAAUAUUUAAAAACUUUGUAAGAAAUUU